AUUCCCCACUGUCUCUCCGCCUCUUUCUCGGCGUUUGACCACCGGAGGAGAACUCUCGCCGGAAAGCGCGGGAGUGCGGCCACUAUGGACGACGCCUCUUCGUAUCCGCCAUCGGCGAGAGCUCUGAAUCAGCUUCAACCUUACCAGUAUCACAUUGGAGUGAGCAAAAUCUCUCAUAAGAUUGGUAAAACAGCAAUGGCGCCUCCGCCGCUGCCAUCGGCGUCGUCGUCGGCUACAACUUCGCCCUCAUCUUCGCCGCCCCAUGACCACAACCACCAUCGUCCUCCGGUCUAUACCGUCAACAAGAACGAUUUCCGGCUGGUGGUGCAGAGGCUCACCGGCUCGCCUUCCUCUGAGUGGCUCCCCGACCCUCCGAUCCGCCCUCCGAAACCGCCCAACUCCCGCCUCCAGAGAAUGAAACCGCCUCCCCUGGCACCCAUCACGAGAACCCCGCCGCCCAUCCCAUCGAACCCGCAAGCCUUUUCCGCUGACCCUCUCCCUGCCUUACCAAACCCUCCCGCGGAGGGCUCCGUGUCGCUGAGCCCACUCAGCUCCAACCUGAAUGGUCUUCUUCCCCUGCCACUCUCUCCGUCGCAGUUCGCUGUUCUGUCACCCACCUGCUCCAUGCAGUUGCGGUCACCACCUCCGCCUUUGACGAACACUUCGCCGAAGCCGAACACGGGUGCGGCGGAUUCAGGAUUCCCAUUUUCGCCCUCUUCGCCGUGGAAUCGAAUUCUGCUUCCCUCGUCGCCGGGGUUCCUGCGGCUGCCGGUUACCACCACGAAAGGAUGAAGGUCUCCUGUCGCUGGGUCCAGAAGUUGAUGACCAAUUUCGAGGUGAGGUAGGGGUGACGGGGCGAGGAGAAAAUGGAAACGAAGACUUGGAAGAGUUUUCCUUUUGUAAAAAUGCAAGUGCUGUGUUAGGAAUUGAAGCUAGCUCCCUAUCAAAAUGGAGUGUGGGGGAAAACCGCUGCUUUUUGUGAGGGAGCUAGCUCCUCUUGUGUGUUUGAUUUUGAUGUAUUUAUGUCACCAUAGUUGAGAAGAGAUGAACUGUAAUAAGAGUUUUUUUUUUUUUUUUCCCUUGGUUCAGCCCAGACUUUACUGAUCAAGUUAAGCAGUGUAGUCCUAAAUAUUGAUUUCUGGUUA